GCGCUAAUUUCAGCAUAAAACAGUCUGAACGCAACUAUAACACGAUCUCUAAGUUUCAUCUAAAUUAUUGUCAAUAAUCCCAAGAGAACGAUAAAAAGUGAACAGCUGUAAGUAUGCCCCCAACUAAAGGUGGAAAACGUCCGAUUCCGUUCGGUGGUAAGGGUAAAGGGAAGCGUUUUACCGGGAAAGUUGCCAAACCUGGUGUUGGUCACAAGCGCAAAGCACACAAGAAGAGGCAGCAUUGGGACUUGUAUAUUCACCGCGUCUUCCAUCAGGUUAUUAAGCGCGGGUCUCUGAGCAAAACCUCUGUGCGGGUUCUGUCUUCAUUUAUUGAGGAUAUGUUCAACAAGAUCCAGUCUGAGGCUGUGUUUGUCGCAAAAAUAAAUAAGGUCAAAACACUAACUGCACGUGAGAUUCAGACCUCUGCUCGGCUUCUUCUUCCUCCAGAAAUAGCUAAACAUGCCAUGAGCGAAGGGACGAAGGCUGUAGCCAAGUACAAUGCUACUCGCGAGGAGCCAUAUUCUAAGAGUGGUCUCUAAUGUCUUGAGAUUUAAUCUUCACGCAUUAUACCUUUUCUCCAUCUUCUGGUGGUACUCCAUUACGGUACCUUUGUCCUUUUUACAGAGAGCACAUCAGAUGAAAAAAAUGCAUAUAGAUAUUUUUACCGCUAGUUUAGCGGGUUAUAUUAUAUUUUAUUUGUCUUGUGUACUAAUUAUUGUACAUUUGUAUUAGCACACUUGACUAUAUCUUAUCAUUUACUAGAGUAAAUACACUGAGAUACCAUUGAAUAGAAAUGAAUUGAAUUAUUAAUUUGGGAUGCCGUAUUGAAAAAGGAAAAGUAAAUAAACCUGAAGGCAAGUGUGUGCACUCUAAUUUCUAUGUGACACUUGCUUAA